AUGGCCCGUGGGACAAACCUGAACGAGCUCGUACCAGUCACGCUUGCGAACCAUGUCGUGAGCGAAAGACCAAGUGCGAUGGUUCACGACCCGCGUGUCGCCGAUGUCUUCAUACUGGGACCACCUGCUACUACGGCUACGGCAAAGGCUGGAGGAAACGGAACCGAAGACCUGACAGCCACCUCCCGGCGGUUGCAAAGAUAUGAAACUCUGCUCAAUGACAUCUUACCCAUGGUAUCUCCAGAGGUAAGGGCUCUAAUCGAGGAGGCCCGCGACCAUGACGCUGGAGCUUCCAACGGUUCCGAAGGAACGGACACCGACCAUCCUUUUGCUCCGCCGAGUUUACUCAAACACGACGCGGGCCCUGGCGGUCGAAUAAUACUCCCACUCCCGGUUCCAAGUCCUCUCCCCCCCUCAGCCUCAGGCGCCUAUGAUUCAGCUCCACCUCCCUCUGUCGGGGGUGGUCCUCCUGCUGCUGCUGCUGCUGCUGCCGCCCCGAUGGGAAGUGCCAGCGCUGGCGCUGGCAUCAGCGUCCAAACAUCUCGACGACUUUCACCAGAUUCUGCUUCAGCAAAUCGAUUACCGUCCAUCACAAUGGAUGGGACUCUGAUUGAAGCGGGAAUGAGAGACCAUUCACCACCUAUGGGGCAACGAUCCCAUGAUUCGACCGGAAGUUAUGGACAAGACCGUCUGGGAGGUCGGCCGACCUCUCCGACUAGUCACACAUCCCAUGGAGGUUGGUCCAACGAACCACUUUCUGGACGUGUACACGCUGACAGUCGGACAAGAGACUACGAGGCGGCAACCAUAUUCCCCUGGCUAAAGCCUAGUAAAACUGCCACAGUUCCAAUUUGA